UUCUGCUCACGCCUAGACGUUUGGACGAUAUCGACAGCAGAAGAUGGCGACUCCGACUCCGACUCUGGCUGAGAAGCUGGACAAGAUCAAGUCUCCGGGACUUCAGAGUCAGCAGAAGACUGUCGUUGUCUUGCAGGCCGUCGAAUCCACAUUGAAAGAGCAGAACACGGCUCCAACUCCCACUGGAUACUUUGCGGCUCUCCUCGCGCUCCUCCAGCAGGCGGAGAACAAUGGCAGCGUCAACAUCGAACUGGCCACUCCCGUGGUGUAUCUCCUCGACGUAUUCACACAAAUUCUCACGCUGCUUGCGCCGGUUUUGCUGGCGCAGGAUGCGGAGCCAAUUCUUCUCCGAACUUCAAUUGGAUGCUUGGAGUCUCUUCUCUUGGCUCAGGACGCCGCUUCGUGGGAGUUGUCUGUCACCCAAAUUGGACCACGACGUGCCAGACCCAAGGUCCGAAGACGAGCCCAAGAUGCGCUUAAAAAGGUGCUCAAAAACCCGCCUCCUACCCCGUCUCUCGACCACCCGGCCGCGGACAUGUGCGCCCACACUGCGCUCAAGAAUCUGGAGGACCUGGCCGCCCAGGCUCUGCAAGCACGAAAGGGCAAGAAGGCGCCCAGCACGACGCACGACCCGGCGUUGAUUCACGCGCUUCAGUUGAUCAAGACCAUUGAGUCUCUCUGCGAGCUCCUCCUCAACAUUGCCAAGACGGGCAACGAGUACAUGACCAUGGCGGCCUUUGAAAUCUUCGAGUUGAUCUUUGAGGGGAUGACGGACGAGCUCACUUCAGCAAAGCUUCCUCGCCUGAUGGAAAUCAUCUCCGAGCUGCGGCCGGCUGCGAAUGACACCCAGCUUGUCCCUCCUUGGCUUGCGAUUCUCUCUCGAGGAUACGAUGUGUCGGCGCAGGUCGAACCCGACGAGACGUUCCAAAACCUUCCGGAGCUCUUCACCAUGGUGGCGCAAUUCCUUCAGUCGGACUCCGAGAACAUCCGGAUUUCAGCUUCCGAGUGUUUGGUCUCGUUCAUGGCGAACUGCAUACCGCCGCGUGUGAUUGUUGAGCCUUCAAUAUACGAUGAGAAGGUCCUGGAUAAAAUCGCAAAGGCCGCCGAGUCUCUCCUCAGCGUCCAGUACCAAGCCGCUUGGCUACAGACCUUCAACGUGCUGGAGGCCAUUUUCACCAGCCUGCGAUGGAGGGCAAACCCGAUCAUGCUCAACGUCACCCGUACCAUCGGAGAGAUUCGAGAAAAUCCAUCUUUCCGGAACAAGAAGGAGGCAGAUGAGGUCCUGGGACAGGCCGUCCGAGCCAUGGGCCCCGAGGCAGUUCUCUCCAUCCUCCCGCUGAACAUCAUCAAGCCGGUCAAGGGCCAGGCCGGAAGAGCCUGGCUGUUCCCGAUCCUGCGAGACUACACCAGCAACACAAACCUGGCCCACUUCAAGAGUGAGAUGGUGCCCCUGAGUGAAGUCAUGUUCCAGAAGGUCUUGGACCAUGGCGAAGCCGAGAAGACGAUGGAGAUCAAGAUCUACGAGACGCUAGUGCAGCAAAUCUGGUCUACUCUGCCGGGUUACUGCGACUUGCCUCUGGACCUGAUUGAAGCUUUCGACCAGGCUUUUGCUGAGAUUCUGGCCAAUCUUCUUUACAAGCAGGUCGACUUGAGACUGGACAUCUGCAGGGCCCUGAGAACCCUGAUCGAAUCCAACCAAGCCAUUGCAAAUAUUGAGGAGGAGGAAGACGAUCUUCUCCUGCAGAGCCGGGUAACCAAGGCCGCCGCUCGCAAGAACCUGGCUUAUCUCGGCCAGUUUGCCGGCAACAUGCUCGCUGUUCUGUUCAACGUCUACACCCAGACCCUGCCCCAGAGCCGAGGCCCCAUUCUCCAGACCGUGAAUGCUUUCCUCAGCAUCACUCCUAACCAGGAGCUCAUGGCGACGUUUGACCGUGUCAGCCAGAUGCUUGCUGGAGAGCUCCAGAAUGCGCCAGCUCCAGAGAAGAAGGCUCAGGGGCAAAAGUCCCAGGACCACAUGCCAUCCACCGCACAAACUCUCAUGGAUCUCGUCAUCACUAUUUCGGCAUACCUCCCACGCGAGAGCUUUGCUGCUCUGUUUGAGAUUGCCACCGUGAUCAUCAACAGGGAAGAAGAGCCCCAGCUGCAGAAGAAGGCGUACAAGCUGAUACCUCGAUUGGCAACUUCCGAGCUCGGCAAGGCUGCUUUGAAAGAGCGCAAUGCCGAGCUGCAGACCCUCAUCCUCUCCAGCUCGGAGAAGGUGUCCGCACCAGCCAGGCGCGAGAGGAUCGCUGCCAUAGCUGCGCUGCUGCCCUUUAUCCCCGACGACUGUCUGCACUUCAUCCCCUCCGUGCUGAGCGAGAUUGUCAUCUGCUGCAAGGAGAACAACGAGCGAGCCCGUGAAAGCGCAUACGACCUCCUGGUUCAGAUGGGCCACAAGAUGGCCGCCGCCAACGGCGCCGUCAUCGACAACAGCAAGGUCCCGCACAUGCCCAGCGAUGCCCCCCCUGCCACGGCCAGCAUCGAAGAGUUCUUCACCAUGGUGAGCGCCGGCCUGGCGGGCAGCACCCCGCACAUGAUCUCCGCCUCCGUCACCGCCAUCAGCCGCCUCCUCUACGAGUUCCGGUCGUCGCUGAGCGACCAGACGCUGUCCGACCUGGUGCAGACCAUGGACCUCUUCCUGACGUCGAACAACCGCGAGAUCGUCAAGAGCUGCCUGGGCUUCGUCAAGGUCUGCGUCAUCAGCCUGCCGGUCGAGCUGAUGAUGCCGCGCCUCGACACGCUCGUGCCCAACCUCAUCAUCUGGAGCAACGAGCACAAGGGCCACUUCAAGGCCAAGGUCAAGCACAUCCUCGAGCGCAUGGUCCGCCGCUUCGGCUUCGACGCGGUCAACAAGAGCUGCCCCGAGUCCGACAGGAAACUCCUCGCCAACAUCCGCAAGACCAAGGAGCGGGCCAAGAGAAAGAAGGACGCCUCCAAGGGCGCUCACGACGACGACGACGCCAGCGAUGAUGAAGAGGCCGACGGCAAGCGGCAAUAUGAGAACGAGUACGACCGCGCCCUGUACAGCAGCGACUCGGACGACUCCGGAGCCUCAGACGACGACGACGAGGCCGCCCAGAAGCCGAGGAGAAAAGCCCAAAAGGGCGGCAAGACAUACAUUGUCGAAGACGACGACGAGCCCCUCGACCUCCUCGACAAGAAGGCCCUCGCCAGGAUAUCCAGCACCAAACCCGUCAAGCAGCGCAAACCCCAGAGGACAAAGGCCAAGAUGGACCUCGACGGCAAGCUCAUCCUCGGCAAGGACAGCGACGACGAGGACAACGGUGCCAUGGACGUCGACCAGCCCGGCCGCGGUGGCGAGGACUCGGGCGUCGGCGCGUAUGUCGCCGCCAUCAAGGGCCGCGACGCUGGCAAGCGCGGCCGCGGCGGUAAGCUCAAGUUCUCCAACAGGCGCUCCAAGGACGGUGACGACGGCGACGAGAUGGACGACGACACCGCCGUGGCCGUCAAGAACGGCAUCAGCCCCGGUCGCGACCGCGCCGGUCCCCGAGGCCGCGGCGGAAGAGGCGGGCCCAUGCGUGGCGGCGGACGGGGAGGCCGCGGAGGCAACUCCUUUGGUGGAGGCGCGAGGAGCGGAAAGGGCGGCAUCGCGGCUGGUCGGAGGGGACUCGGAACAGAGAAGAGGCAUGGCCCGCCGAUGGGCGCGGGAGUGGGCAAGGGGAAGAGGGGCCGAAACUAAACAUGGCAUGAUAGGGGAUGAAAUAGUAGCCUUUGCAUGCAUCUUAUGGAUACCCACGAACAUCAGAAAGGGGAGAGCUACGAGUUCACCUUAAGUGAGCGGAUGUGGGUUGCGUGGUAACUUUGCAUUUACUAGUAUCUUAUGAAAUACAUCUUUGUCUGUUC